GUGUUGAAGGAGGGAGGCUGUGUAUGUAUGUGUGUGUGUGUGUGUGUGUGGGAUGGUGGGCAGGCACAUGCACCACAGAUCAUGACUGAUGGCCACAAAGCACACUUCUGGACACUUCAGGACAGAAAUCUGUAGUUUCUACUCUGGAUUGCUGCAUUUCUUUCCCUCCUCUGUGAAUUAUUGCGACUGGAACUGGACAGCUUUCAUCAUGCUUUCAACUCUUGACCCACAGAAACUCGAGUGACAGAAUUUUCAGAAUUUUUCUUUUUGUAAAGAGAAGGCAGGGGAGAUCUGUAUUCUUUUAGGAGAAACGAAUACAAGAUUGAAAUGAGUGAGGAGAGUAAAGGCGACAGCAGUAAGGAUGUGGAGAAACAACUGCGCCUGCGUGUGUGUGUGCUGAGGGAACUGCUGCAGACUGAGCGGGAUUACGUCGAGACACUGCACUUCCUUUCGGUAUUCCUGCAUCGCCUUAACCAGUAUGCUGUGGCUAAAAUGGAUAAGAACAUCACAGAGGAGAUGGUUAAGGUGUUGUUCUCCAACCUGGAGGAGAUCCAGUGUGUGCACAGAGACUUCCUCUCCAUGGUAGAGGAGAUGCUCCAGCCAGACCCCCACCCGCACCACGAAGUGGGACGCUGCUUCCUACACUUUAGGGCCAGGUUUCAGAUUUACGAUGAGUAUUGUGGAAACCACGAGAAAGCCCAAAGGCUGCUGCUGGAGCUCAACAAGAUCAGAAGUGUUCGCACGUGUCUUCUGAACUGCAUGCUGUUGGGAGGCAGAAAGAACACAGAGGUCCCUUUAGAAGGCUACUUGGUGGCUCCCAUUCAGAGGAUCUGCAAGUAUCCUCUUCUACUCAGAGAACUGCUAAAAAGAACACCAAAGAAGCACAACGACUACUCCAUGGUGCACGAGUCCCUCCAAGUCAUGAAGGCUGUGUGUUCGAGCAUCAAUGAAGCCAAGAGACAGAUGGAGAAGCUGGAGGUGCUGGAAGAAUGGCAGUCGCACAUUGAGGGUUGGGAGGGCUCCAAUAUGACAGACAGCUGCACGGAGAUGCUGAUGCAAGGCGUGCUGCUGAAGAUCUCAGCUGGGAACAUCCAGGAGCGAGUGUUCUUCCUAUUCGACAACCUACUGGUCUACUGCAAGAAGAAGAACAGGCGUUUGAAGAACAGCAAAGCAGCUACCGAGGGCCCGAGGUACCAGUUCCGCGGACGAAUCAACACCGAGGUGAUGGAGGUGGAAAAUGUGGAUGAUGGUACAGCGGACUACCACAGCAGCGGAAACAUCGUCAACAACGGCUGGAAAAUCCACAACACGGCAAAGAACAAGUGGUUCGUGUGCAUGGCCAAAACGCCCGAAGAGAAGCAGGAGUGGCUGGAGGCCAUUUUGAAGGAGCGAGAAAGAAGAAAAUCACUGAGGCUGGGGAUGGAGCAGGACACUUGGAUGAUGAUUUCGGAGAAAGGCGAGAAACUCUACAACCUCCUGAGCAAACAAGGACACCUUAUUAAAGACAGGAAACGCAAACUUACCACCUUCCCCAAGUGUUUCUUUGGAAGUGAGUUUGUGGCCUGGUUAAUGGAGAUCGGAGAGACGGAUAACCCAGAAGAAGGUGUUCACCUUGGCCAGGCUUUGCUGGAGAAUGGCAUUAUCCACCAUGUCACAGACAAGCACCAGUUCAAACCCGAGCCGGUACUGUAUCGUUUCCGAUACGACGACGGCACCUACCAUCCACGAAGUGAUAUGCAGGAUGUCAUCUCCAAGGGAGUGAGGUUGUUCUGCCGGCUUCACAGUCUCUUCACACCAGUGAUCAGGGAUAAAGAUUACCAUUUAAGAACGUACAAAUCUGUAGUGAUGGCCAACAAGUUGAUCGACUGGCUCAUAGCACAGGGUGACUGUCGAACAAGAGAAGAAGCGCUGAUCUUGGGGGUGGAGCUGUGCGACAACGGAUUCAUGCAUCAUGUCCUGGAGAAGAGCGAGUUCAAGGAUGAGCCACUUUUGUUCCGCUUCUUCGCUGAUGAAGAGAUGGAGGGAUCGAACACCAAGCACAAGCCCAUGAAGCACGACCUGAAAAUAGUUGAAAAUGUCAUUGCCAAGACUGUGCUGAUAAGGCCUAGUGAUGGAGGAUAUGGCUUCACCCUCGAGGAUCGUAAUCGAGUUCCAAUUAUCAAGUCGGUGGAGAAAGGCUCUCAUGCUGAGAUGGCAGGGAUGGAAGUGGGGAAGAAGAUCUUUGCUAUCAACGGAGAUCUGGUUUUCUUGCGGCCGUUCCAUGAAGUGGAAGCAUUUCUCAAGCAGUGUUUCAGCACCAAGGGUCCGCUUCGAGCGCUGGUUGGCACCAAACCUCGAGAAACUGUGAAGAUCCCAGACUCGGCGGAUGGGCUGGGUUUUCAGAUCCGUGGCUUCGGCCCAUCUGUUGUGCAUGCUGUCGGCAGAGGCACUGUGGCGGCUGUGGCAGGUCUACACCCCGGUCAGUGCAUUAUUAAAGUCAACGGCGUUAAUGUGAGCAAAGAGAGUCACGCCAGUGUGAUCGCCCAUGUCACUGCCUGCAGGAAAUAUCGCAGACCGACGCAGCAAGACUCCAUUAAUUGGGUAUAUAACAACAGUGAGAGUGCACAAGACGACCAACAGAAGGCCAGCCAGAAACCUAGUACUGAGGGGAAUGGGGAGUUGUUUGAGUGUAAAGUGGAAGAGGUCAUGGACAAGUUCAAUACCAUCGCUCUGAUAGAUGGGAAGAAGGAUCACGUGAGUUUGACGGUGGAUAACGUGCACCUGGAGUACGGUGUGGCUUAUGAGUACGACAGCACGGCCGGGAUCAAGUGUCAUGUGCUGGAGAAGAUGGUGGAGCCUAAAGGCUUCUUCAGCCUCACAGCUAAGAUCCUCGAAGCCUUGGCUCGGAAUGACGAGCAGCUGGUGCAGACGUGCAGCCAGAUAAACUCCAGCUCUGUGCUUGUCCCGGAGGAACUGCAGCUCAGGUUCAAUACGAUGUGCGCAGAACGACUUGAGCACAUCAACCGCCGCAUCACCAACUACAGGAAGUUUUCUCGUGUGCUGAAAAACCGAGCGUGGCCUACGUUCAAACAAGCCAAGACCAAAGUGUCGCCUCUUCACAGCAGCGAUUUCUGCCCAACAAACUGCCACAUCAACGUGAUGGAAGUGUCCUACCCCAAGACCACAACAUCUCUGGGAAGUGCUUUCGGUGUGCAGCUGGACAACAGGAAGAAUUCCACGCUGGAGAAAGGGAAUCCCAGUGCAGAGCAGGGUAAGCUGAACCCCAUGGUGCAUGUGCAGCACUGCAUCACCAGCAUGGCUGCACCGUCAGGACACAGUCUGGGCCGGACCGAGGGACACGGCCUGCGUUUCCUGCUGCGAGAGGAAGACCUGCUCACUGUCGAUGCGUACCACAAACUUCUCACCAAACUCAACACAGCAGUGAAGGAGAUGGAGUGCUACACUGGACAGAUUCAUGAUUUGCUCUCGUCCAUCACGCACCCUAGCAGCCCUGAGGGAAAGCCUUCUGAGAGCUUCAUCUCGGCAGAGAGUGAGUGUGAACGAGGAGAGCGGAACGGGAAGCGAGUGUGUUUUAACGUGACGGGAGACGAGCAGGAGGACUCGGGUCACGACACCAUCAGCAACCGAGACUCCUACAGUGACUGUAACAGUAACAGGAAUUCCAUCGCCUCCUUUACCAGCAUCUGCAGCAGCCACUGCAGCUCUUAUGUCCACAGUGACGAGAUGGACUCAGGAGACGAGAUGCCAGCCAGUAUGUGGAUAUCUCCAGACAAGCAGAAGAAGCUCCAUGGCUUCCUAGAGCAUCUGUUUAGCCAGGUGGAGUCUAUGAUGAGCAUACUGAAGGGGGUGACAGUGGCUCGGGUCUUUGAACAGACAAAAUGUUUCACACCAGGUCGAGGACUACAAGAAUUUCACCAGGACAUGGAGCCCAAAGUCAACUGCACCAAAAAACUGCGACUUCACAUUAAACAGGAUCCGUGGAACCUCCCAAGCAGUGUUCAGGCUCUUACACACACCAUUGGCAAGUUCGUGGAAGAAAUCAAAGCAAGGCUGCUGUUGGUGUUACUCCAGUACACAGACUCUGAGAUCCAGCUAAGGAGAGACAUGGUGUUUAGUCAGAGUUUGGUGGGAGCUGUGUGUAGUUUUGCGGAGCACCUGCUGGCCGUUUUGAAUCGGGUGAUUGGAGGAGAAAGUGACGCUCAGGAGAGUCGUCGUUGGUUGGAGCAGAUCUCUCACACCGGCCUUCUGUUGCACUUCCAAUCCCUUCUUUCCCCCAACCUGACCGAUGAACAGGCCAUGCUGGAGGACACGCAGGUUGCACUGUUGGAUCUUGAGAAGGUGACCUUUCAUUUCAGACGUUUCGAAGGAGAGCCCCUCGUUGCGAACAUGCCUAUCUCCUACCAGGUGGAGGGUACGAGGCAGGCCAUGAAGGUGUAUUUUUAUCUAGAGGGUUUUUACUUCGAGCAGCUGCCUCAGAGACUGAGACACGGCGAUGGAUUCAGGAUCCACCCCGUCCUAUUCACUCAGGCACUGGAGAGCAUGGAGGGUUAUUACUACAGAGACAGUGUCUCGGUGGAGGAGCAUCAGGCUCAGAUCAACGCCACGUCACUCGAGAAGGUCAAACAGUACUACAAGAGACUCAGGGCCUUUUACCUGGACCAAUCCAACCUCAACCCGACCUCAGCUCCCAAGGCUGUCUUUAUAGACAAGCUCAUGCGUCCCUUAAAUGCUCUGGAUGAGCUCUACAGACUGAUGGAGAGCUUCAUCUCAUGUCGGCGCACUGCUGCAUGCCAGUUUACGGCAUGCGGAGCAUCUGGAGUCGGUCUGCUCACUGUGGCGUCUGAACUGUGCAGCCGUCUCGGAGCCUGCCACAUCGUCCUGUGUAACAGUGGAGUCCACCGCUGUACACUGAGCGUGACUCUGGAGCAAGCCAUCGUCCUGGCACGCAGUCACGGCCUGCCUCCACGUUGUAUAAUGCAGGCCACCGACGUCAUGAGGAAACAGGGGGCCAGAGUGCAGAACUCGGCUAAGAACCUGGGAGUGAGAGACCGCACCCCAUCUUCGGUGCCAAGACUGUAUAAGCUGUGCCAGCCUCCACCCCCUGACGGUGAUCCCUGACUUCUGAACCUACACAGUCGUGUUGGAUCUCGAGCAGCCGUAGUCCAGCCUCUCCCACAAAACCCACACAAACACGCGUCCUGAGGUUGCGUCUAGAAGUCCUCCCACUCUCAGUCUCAGAGGGAUUCGCCGUAUCCCUUCGCCACAUCGGGGUUACCGGAGCUUUUUAAAAAACCCACGUUGUUGUGGUUACAGGCUUCUUAUUUCCAGACAGGAGAUCAAAACAUUCAAGAUGAUUUUGUCUCCAGGCUGCUGUCUGAAUCGUUGAUGUCAAUCAAACCAGACACCUCACACUAGUUUUUUUUUUAAAUGUAGAACUGAUAUCUGAAACAAGAUGAAGUCUCCGCGGCACUCGCAGAGAGCUGCGACUUCUGUCAUGUUAAUGCUUUGAAAUAAACUCAAGGAAGACAGGAUAAAAAAACAAAAAAAAACAUUUGUCCUGAUGUGUAUUCUCGUUUUCCUAGAAGCGUAAAUGAGACAUUUGUACGUUCUCAAGUUGAAAUGUUUAAAGGAUGCAGAUUAAAUCGACGCGUUACGCAGAACGUUUUAGUCCCACUCAUAUAAAAUAUGAAGUUAUCAAAGUGUUACUAUUAUGUUGUGUAUAUGAAUCCUCAAUUAUUUUGUACUCAGGAGUAAUUCUAUAUGUUAUAAUAUCUCAGAGCUGGUUAGUAACAUGAAGAUUUUUUUUUACUAUGCAAAUGAACGGAAGGGAAAAAUUUCACCAGCUGCCUCUGUGUCUGCGAAGUCUUUUGUGGUAAAUAAAAACAAGGCUCAAUAGGCGAGACAUUUAAUUACAGCGAGUCGUGUGUCCAUAUGGUGUCUUGUCAGUACUGUGGAGAAAUAUUAAACGAAAUGUUGCCUUUACCAAUCGUUUAUUUUUAUUAAAGAGAACUGGUGUCAGCGGUACAGCAAACCAUGUACAUCUGCACAAAUAUCACACCCUAAUGAACAGUGAAUAAAAUAUAGAUAUUUUUUCUUUCUUUUUUUUUACAAUAAACAGAUAAGUGCACUUUAAAAUGCCUUCUAAUGUACCAGCAUCUAUGACCUAGCCAUACUGUUAAAAAUAAAAAAUUUUGUCCUUUUGCUA